AACUAUUUUGGAGGGAAAAUGAGACUACAUGGAGGGAGCCCCCUAUUGUGAUGUAGUUUGUACCUACUGAAUAGACUUAUGUUAUGUAAAUCACAUUGACACUACUGGAUACACACAAUGGUGGAGGAGCCAAUCACAUCGGUCCCUGCCCUGAUAUAUAGCCGGAUCUUGUAUCUGGGCCCAUAAACUGUUCUGGUUUGGACCCCUGGACUCUUCUCGUCUACCCCCCUGCAGAUCUCCCUGAUCUCCACCUCAUCUGUCACCUGUAAGAUACAAUGGCUGUUUUCCCGUAUAUACCGGUGGAGAUGAGGGAGGAGCUGGUGACCGGUGUGAACUACAUUAAGACUCUUGCUAACAGAUUCCACAAACUGCAUCCGGCUGUGGUUGACGUUUUUGGUUAUAAACUGGCAGAAAUACUUUGUCAUAAAUAUACUGGGCACUGGUACCCCGAGAUACCCAUGAAACUACAAGCCUACAGGUGUAUCAUGAUGGACCCACAUAAUAGAGAUGACAGCAUCCUAAAAGCUUGUGCCCAAAGUGGCCUAAAAUACCAUGAACUGGCCCUACCCAAAACAAUGACCCUGUGGAUCGACCCUUAUGAAGUGUCCUGCCAAUUGGGGGAAGAGAAUUAUCCGUACACAGUGGCCAUUUUUGACCCAAGAAUCACUCGUCUUCCAGAUCUUUCUAGACCCUCAGUAGAAGAGCAACAUCCGUCCUCAUUGUCCAAUCGCUUCACACCCACACCAGAAGAAGACUCUUCCAUAUGGAGCUCAUCCCUCCCAUCAUCUCCAAGUCUGAGUGAUGAAGCCAAUGACAGUGGGAUAUAUGUCAGCAGCGACAGAACUACUAACCCUACUAUGUUAUCGAGCCUAAUGGAGGAGGAAAUCUGGGGUAACCCAGCAGCAAAUCAGGCCUCUACAGUCAGGUUCAGAACCUCCUCCCCUCUCUGGAUCCCUGCAUGGAGAGCCCCCCAAUUCUACCACAACCUCAGUUCUGACCCGCAGCAAACUUACUGGAUGUAGAUACUAUAGGGAAUGGGGAACCGGGGGUUAUGGAUUAUAGGGGGUGUAUAUACAAUAAAGAUGUUACAGAGUUUAUUUUUUAGAAAGAAAAAAUG